AUGGGUCAUUUGCCAGAAUUUCCAAUUAACAACAAGUUACAGGUCUUAUCACUAUCCUGGACAAAAUUCAGAGAAAAAUUACCAAAAUCAAUUGGUAAUCUUAGGUUCUUGACAAAAUUAGAUCUUGUUAAUUGCUCUUUCUUUGGACCCAUUCCAUCAUCGGUUGCAAAUCUUACUAAUCUUGUGGAAUUGGAUCUAUCAGAUAAUGGUUUCAAUGGUUUAAUCCCUCCAUUUCAUAGAUCUGGAGUACCAAAUCUUGCAAUUCUCAAGUUGGGUGGGAACUGGCUUUCUGGGUCAGUACAUUCUUCUUUAUUUACUCUCCCAUCAUUACAUACAUUGUCUCUUGAAGAAAAUCUACUGGUUGGUAAAAUUGAUGAGUUCCCCAAUGCAUCCUCUUCGGUAAUGGGAUAUUUGAGGUUGGACGAUAAUGAUUUAAUAGGAUCCAUUCCCAACUCAAUCCUUCAACUCCCACGGCUUGAAGUACUUUAUAUUGGCGACAACAACUUUGGUUCUAUGAACCUUGACAUGUUCUUCCAACUCAAGAACUUAAGGUCUCUCGAUCUAUCCAAUAUGAGCUUGUUAAUUGGAAGCUACAACAAAAGCCCUAUAUUUCCCCACUUGGAGAAGUUAGCCUUAAGAUCAUGCAACCUUACUGGAUUUCCAGAAUUCAUCAAAACACAAGGCAAGUUGGCUGUUCUAGAUCUUUCUCACAACCAAUUAGCAAACUCCUCCUUUUCAAUUGAAAGCAACAACAAAAGCUUUACUAUUCCCCAAUUAGAUUAUCUUAACCUAGAGUCUUGCAACCUUACAGAAUUUCCAGAAUUCAUCAAAACACAAAACAAGUUGACUACCCUAUAUCUUUCUAACAACAAAAUCCAUGGUUUUGUGCCUAAUUGGUUGUGGAAGACCACUCUUUUAUCGUUAGACCUUUCUUUCAAUGCCAUUAAUUUUUCAAAAGAGUUUCCUUUCGGUGAUGCAAACUCCUCCUUUUCAAUUGAAAGCAACAACAAAAGCUUUGCUAUUCCCCAAUUAGGUUAUCUUAACCUACGAUCUUGCAACCUUACAGAAUUUCCAGAAUUCAUCAAAACACAAGACAAGUUGACUACCCUAUAUCUUUCCAACAACCAAAUCCAUGGUUUAGUGCCUAAUUGGUUGUGGAAGACCACUCUUCUAGACUUGUACCUUUCUUUCAAUGCUAUUGAAUUCCCAAAACAAUUUCCCUUUGGUGAUGCAAACUCUUCCUUUCCAAUGCUGAGGGGGUUAUAUUGA